AUGGCAAGACCGAGUAUGAAAAAUCUAUCAAUCAACGAUGAAGAUGAGUUAGAAGAGUUUUAUUUUGAUGUGGAGGAGGAUGGCGAUGAAGUUUCAGAUCUCAGAUGGUGCCUGUGUGAUAGAUUUAUUCAUGUGCAAGUUAUGAAGAAGAAAGUUGUGGAUGUGUGGAGUCUGGUGAGGGGAUUUAAUAUUAAGGAAGUGAAAGACGACCUAUUUCUUUUCCAAUUCUCGCAUAAAAUGGAUAUGGGUGCGGCGUUACAAGGUGGGCCAUGGACAUUUGAUUCACAUCUAUUGAUUAUUGAGAAAUUAAGGAUUGGAAUGCAGAUUGAAAAUAUACCACUGUAUCAUGUUGAUUUAUGGAUUCAAAUCCAAUACCUACCAACGGGAAUGAUGAUGGAGAAAGUAGGGAAAACCAUGGAAAAUUUCAUUGGGGCUUUUAUGGAGUAUAACAAAAAUAACAACACCAGUUAUAUGAGAAUUAGAGUGAAGAUCGAUGUGAGGCAACAAUUGAAGAGGCAAAUGAGAAUCAAGAAUAAGGGAGGUGUCUCAGUUAUAUGA